AGAAAAGGGAGGGCCUCAGAGCUGCGCAUGCGCGAUUCUGUGCCGGGUCGCCAAGAUGUCGUUCUCUAAAUACGUUCCGUCGUCCCUGGCCAGUCGGCCCAGUACCCUCGACCCAGCCGAAUACGACAUAUCUCCGGAAGCCCGGCAGGCUCAAGCCGAGCGGUUGGCCAUAAGAUCCCGACUUAAACGGGAGUAUCUGCUAAAGUACAACGACCCCAACCGCCGAGGGCUCAUCGAAGAUCCUGCCUUGAUUCGUUGGACCUAUGCAAGAUCAGCAAAUAUCUAUCCCAAUUUUAGACCCAGUCCUAAGACCUCACUCUUAGGAGCUUUGUGGGGAAUUGGGCCCCUCUUAUUCUGGUAUUUUGUUUUAAAAACUAACAGGGAUAAGAAAGAAAAACUUAUCCAGGAAGGAAAAUUGGAUCGAACAUUUAACCUCUUACAUUAAGUUGGCAAUGAUGACUGUGUAUUCUUGCUUAAAUAAAUCUUCUGUUAGUCAUUAAA